AUGGAAGACUGCACUUUGGCAGGCUAUCACGUUCCAGCAGGCACACAACUCCUUGUUAAUAUUUCAAAGAUCCAUCGAGACCCACAUAUGUGGUCUGAUCCAAAUGAAUUUCAGCCAGAAAGAUUCCUUACAAGCCAUAAGGGUGUUGAUGUUAAGGGCCAACAUUUUGAAUUCUUACCAUUUGGUUCCGGUAGAAGAAUGUGCCCAGGAAUCUCAUUAGCAUUGCAAGUCAUGCAACUCACCCUUGCCACCUUGCUGCAUGCUUUUGAAAUUGCAACCCCAUCAGAUGAGCUCGUGGACAUGACCGAGAAAGUCGGACUUACCGACAUGAAAGCCACACCACUCGAAGUCCAUCUCACUCCACGACUUCCUGCUCAACUAUAUGCAUUGUUUGCUUAG